CACAACCUGUUCAGCGAACGGAUUGAACACUGGCAAGUGGCAACUCGGAAAUCGGAAUGUUCAUCCGAUUCUUCUAUUUUCAUUCAUAACAACAAUACGACGGGGAAAAAGAGGACGUUGCCUUGCUGUAAUCGUACAAUUUCGUUUUUUAUCAAAUUAAAAUAUACUAACACAUAGAGUACGUGUUUGUUGUAUGUGCACUUAACUAAAAUUUACUGUGGCCCUACAAGUGAUUCUGCCUCAAUUAUUCGUCUUUCGCGGUGGAUUAUGUCCUCGCCCAUUUUGACUUUUUGAAAAUUUACUCCGGAAAUCAACAGUUGUCACCAAAAUGAAAAAACGAGAAGAAAUGCAAGUAAAUGUUGCAGGCCUUAGAAGAAAUAUUAAGAACAUUGCACAUAAUUAUUCUGAUGCUCAAAUAAAAGUACGAGAGGCAACCAGUAAUGACCAAUGGGGUCCAAGUAGUACCCUUAUGUCUGAAAUUGCCGAUUUAACUUAUAAUGUAGUAGCGUUUUCGGAAAUAAUGGCAAUUCUAUGGAAACGGUUAAAUGAUCAUGGACGAAAUUGGCGACAUGUCCAUAAAGCACUUAUUCUUUUAGAAUACUUAAUUAAAACUGGCAGCGAAAAAGUUGCCCAACAAUGUAAGGAGAAUCGUUUUGCUAUUAAAACAUUAGAAACUUUUCAACAUAUUGAGGAUAACAAAGAUAAAGGACAGAGAGUACGAGAUACCGCAACGCAAUUAGUGGCAUUACUGGAUGAUGAUGAACGGUUAAAGACUGAACGAGCUCGUGCAAUAAAAGCCAAAGAGAGAUCUGUACAAAAGAUUUCUAGCUUUGGUAGUGAUGGAAAUACAACUCCUCAAAGUCCUAAAUAUCCAUUGUUCCGAGAAUCGUAUGGCUUAUAUGAUACACGACCUCCUGUGAAAGCUGAACUAGAAAGUGCACGACCCCAAACAGCUGGUGAAGAAGAAUUACAACUGCAGUUGGCUUUAGCUAUGUCUAGAGAAGAAGCUGAACAAGAAGAGCAAAAAAGAAGAAGUGAUGAAGUACGAUUAAAGCUGGCGUUGUCCCAAAGUGAAAACGAAUUUAAACAAUAUUUAAGUAGUGGUUCCGAUUCUGGAGCUAAUAGUAGCAACGGCCGAAGCAGUAACAUGCUGGACUUAUUGGGUAUCGAUUUAGAUAAUACGGAAAGUGAUAAAAAUGGUGUAGCUGCAGAUCCAUGGGGCAUGCCAAUUAAAUCUCAACCUCAAGUCCAACCUCAGCCUUUGAAUUGGUCAAAUGGAGAUUCUAUAGCGACACGUGCAGCUGACCCUUGGUCACCAGUUACACAUAAGCAACCCGUUUCUUCUACAGCUCACGUUUUACCUGGUGUAUUGAGUGAAAGUGCAGACCCUUGGCAGUCUACAGCAAGUGCAAUUCCGCCGCCUGAUCCUUGGGCUCCAACUACAGUUUCUCAGCCUAUAACCAAGCCAAAUCAAGAAUUCGAUGAAUUCGCUCUUUUAGGAAAUAGACCACAAACCAAACCUGCUACAUCAGAUCCAUUUGACUUAUCCCAUUUAAACAACGAAUUAUUAGCUGCUCCGACAUCAACUUUGACAUCAGAUAAAAAAACUCCUCAUAGUUUUUUGGGAGAAAAUUCAGCUUUGGUUAAUUUGGAUAACUUAGUUACAGCUCCUGUUAAUCUUCCGCCCGUAACUCAAGUGCGACCAACUGGUAUGGUGAAUCCGUUUGGCUUGACACCACAACCUGCUUUUGUGGCACAACCAACCAACGCUACAGCCUUUAGUGGUGCAGCAACUUCCAAUCUGCCACCGCCACUAGUACCAUCCCCAAAUCCAUUUCUGUCGUAGCAAAGUUAAAACAAAUUUAUAAAUUAACUGUCAAAAAAUGAUUAUAACGAAGACAUAUUUUAUUAUUAUGUAAAUAAAAUAAUUAAACAGAAAAGAAAACUGCUUGGAAACAAAAAUUGGGAUUUAACAAUACAUAAAAUAUUUAAUAUUUAUUUAAACAUAACUGUUGUAAUUUAGAAUUGUAAUUUUAGUUGUUUUACUUUGGUAAUGAUUUUAUAGAUAUUACCUAUGGCAUUUGUAAAAAUGAGUGAUGGCUAGUGUAAAUUUGAGUGGUAAAUUAUUUACAGAUUUUUUUAUUCACCUCAGUAUAAUAUUUAUAUUUAAAACCUAAUAUAUAAUUUUAAAAAUUAAAUAAAAUACUGUUAGAUUAGAUAUUAUUUAUAUUAAUGAUUGAACUUUUAAAAAUUAUAUACUACUAGGAGUGCCUAUUAAAUGUGUUUCACUUAGCUCAAUAUGAUUGGAUAAAAACUCCAAUACACACUUUAAUAUAGUGUAAACAUUAGUUCUUAAACUUUAUUGUAAACGUCCCAAAUAAUUUUAAAACAUACCCAACUGAAUUUGUUUUGUGUGUAUUUUUUACACAAAAGAGUGAGAGCUUAUAAAAUAUAUUUUUUUAAAUAAUUUAAAAAUCCACUUAGGUUUUAUUAAAAAAAAAAUUAUGAAUAACAUUGCUUUUGGUGACUGCCUUUUAUUAUAGUGUAUAAUAUUUGAACUUUGUGUUGGUGUAGAUAUCGACAGCUAGUUUUUAUAACGAUUGUUUUUUUUUUCAAUAAUUUUAUUAUACCCAAUGUAUUUAUAUAUUUUCUUAAUAUAAUAUUUUAUUUUGUUAAUUCAAUUUUUUUUUCAUACAGCCGACAACUGAAUAAUUAAUUUUGUAUAACGAGUUAUACCAGGGAAUCAAAUUCAAAUUAAUUUCUUGAGCACCAAACAUGUUAUGAAUAGUAUCCAUUGACAAUCGCUAACUAGGUCUCAUAGUUACUCUUGUUUGUAACAAAUGUAUUUGUUUUUAAUUUAAUUUAUUGGAAGUGUGUUUGUAUAAAAUAUUCAUUUUUGAUGUGCUAAAAUAUUAUUUAUCUAAGGCCACAGUAUUACAAAAAAAACACCGUGACAGCCCUUUCAACAUCUCACUAAUAUUAACAAUAACAUUGUACACCUUGUAUAGUUGUUGUAUAUCUUGUAACAACAAAACACGUAUAAGGUUCAUGGGACAUUCGUAAUGACCUCAAAAGAUCAAAUGUUAUUGGUGUCAGUCGGGGAUUGCUAUCUAAUACUUAUCUACUGUUUACAUUGUAAAUACUUUGAUGCUAUGAACAUUGUCAAUAUUCGAUAAGGGAUAACAUUAUUGGAACUAAUGGAUAAUUAAAUCGCACACAUUUGGUAGGUAUUUAAUUAUCCAUUAUAAUAUAUGUUAUUGGUUAUAA